UGACAUAAUUCAUUUUACGCAUUCGUUUCAACAGGUGAUUUGUUUUCAGCGCAGGAAACUGUAAUUUUGUAAAUGGAAUGGAUUGCAUAACCAAGUCUUCUGUUGUGACGGCAGUGUACAUGGUUUUAGUCAAAACCAUGCGAUUUCUUGUACUUCUUGCAAUUUGUAGUCAAGCUCAGCAGCAGAAUAUUACAAAAGUGAAAUUAUUUGGUGGAUACUUCCCGUGGGAAGGGACAGUACAGUUGUAUCAUAAUGGUGUUUGGGGAACCGUGUGUCAUGACAGUUUCAGUACAUAUGAUGCGAGAGUAAUCUGUAGGAUGUUGGGUUACGGCCUUGUUGGUUCGGCUCUUACUAGUGCAACGUUUGGGAUAGGUUCUGGACCAAUCUGGUUGGAUGAUGUAGGGUGCAACGGAAACGAAGUAGAUAUUGACCAGUGUAGCAAAAACAGCAACAAGUGGGGUGUGCACAAUUGUAACCAUAACGAAGAUGCGGGUGUUAGAUGUGAUACUUUACACAUGGAACUAAGACUUAUUGGCGGCAGGGGUAAUUUUGAAGGGACAAUUGACAUCAAUUAUCAGAGACAAUGGGGUACAAUAUGUGAUAAAGGAUUUACUAACCAGGACGCAGAAGUUGUCUGUAAAAUGGCAGGAUUUAAUGGCGGAGUAGCUGUAAAAGGUGCAAAAUUUGGAGAACUCGACUACGGUAGGAUCUGGGCAGAAAACCUUGGCUGUCGGGGAACAGAACCAAGUAUCAAGCAGUGUAGUCGAUAUUCCUCGGUAUUUGCUGGAUCAACAACAUGUAAUCAUUCAAUGGAUGCUGGAGUAAUCUGUGACCAUACUCCAGUACGACUAGUUGGAGGCCAAUAUCCAUUUGAAGGUCGCCUGGAAGUGUACCAUAAUGGAGCGUGGGGAACAGUUUGUAAAACAGGAUUUGAUGCUUCUACAGAUGGGGUUGCGUUUUGUGAAAUGCUUGGAUACAACUACACAAAUACACCAACUAUUUACAAUGUAACUGGAGGAUCGGGACCUAUCUGGCUCAGUAAUGUUGACUGCAGUAUACACACAGUUGAUGUUGAAUUCUGUGCUCAUGACGGUUGGGAAAAUACAACAUGCAAUCAUGAUAUGGACGUCGCACUAAGAUGCCGACAUACCAAUAUUCAGUUGAGGGGUGGAUCCGGAGCUUGGGAGGGUAGUGUUGAAGUAUAUCUUGAUGAAAAAAGUACUUGGUCCUCAAUAUGUGAUUCUGACUUUGGUGAAAAAGAGGCUGAAGCUGUCUGUAGUAUGUUUGGAUAUAAUGGCAGGGACGCCCAUCAUGUUGAAUAUGCAGCGGGAUAUUUCUCAUCGAGCUACUCACCAAAAAUUGGCAAUUUGACCUGUACCGGAAAUGAGACAGAUAUUAGACAUUGUUCGGCUGUAUUCCGUACCAACUCUUCUUGUACUGCCAGUACUGCCGCCAGUAUUAAAUGUAGGAGUAUAGAUGUCAGACUUGUGGAUGGUCCACACAGCAGUGCAGGUAGAGUGGAAGUCUAUCAUGACGGACACUGGGGAACAAUCUGUGACAGUCAAUGGGAUGACGAAGAUGCCACUGUUAUAUGCAAAAUGUUGUCAGCGUAUCCAUACGAGGGUGAGGUGUUUGGUAAAGCUGUAAAAUCAUCAUAUUUUGGACGUGGUGAAGGUCCUGUCUGGCUUGCUGAUGUACGCUGUAGAGGAACAGAACAUGACAUUAAAGAUUGCACAAAAAGCUGGGCAGGUGGCGUGAACUGCGACCAUACUAACGAUGCCGGGGUCAUAUGCAGUUACCCGUACCAGAAGCGCCUUGCAAAUGGGAGAGACCAGUCUCAAGGACGUGUAGAAUAUCUACAUUCUAGUUGGAGGGCGUACUGUGGACGUGGGUGGAAGGUGAAUGAUGGAAAAGUUAUAUGCCGUGAGGUAGGAUAUUGGAAUGUCGAUCCUGUUAUACGUUACAAUGCCUCUUAUGGACCGGGCAGUACGAACUAUGAUCUACGUCCACAGUGUGAAGGUGAAGAGGGAAGCUUUGAGAUGUGCCGAUUUGAUAAAAAGUAUGCGACAGCCACGUGCACAUCCGCGGAAAGUGUUGGUGUGGAAUGUCGCCCACAACCUGCCAACAAAAAUAACGUUCGAGUGGUGGAUGGUGAAGGACCUUGGCGUGGACGACUCGAAAUUUUGACCAACAACACAUGGGGUAGUGUCUGCUACGACUUCUGGAAUGCAUCAACAGCCCUGAAAGCUUGCGAAACUUUAGGAUUCAAAUAUCUGAGUUCUGACGCAUCAAGUUUUAAAAUCUCAAGAGGACUUACACCAAUGCAUUUUAAAUCUAUCAUCUGUGAUGCAUCUGACUUAAACAUAGGUUUGUGCAAGGCCAACUUCAACAUCAGUGAAUGUGAGCAGAGACAUGCCGAGGCUGUAGGUGUUGAUUGCUCAGCUGGAAUAACAGUUACACUAUCACAGACAUAUUCCGGUCAGGUAAACAUCCAUAAGGCAACAAACGCAUCCGUGAAUUGGUCAGUUUGUCACAAUACUGUGGACACUAACGUUGCCAAGACUAUAUGUGCAAUGGUUGGAUACAACAAUACUGCACCAGUUAUAUCCGCUGUGUCAUCCAGUAACCCUGUCCUGUUUACAAAUAUAUCUUGCAAUGGCUGGGAAUCACACUUAUUACAAUGUACAACACAGAGAAAUGGACCUUCGUGCAGUCAGAAAGCAGCAGUGAAAUGUUUCGAUUGUAUACAAACAUUGAAUACAGAAUCUGGAACGGUAUUAUCUAGUGGUUAUCCAGGCUACUCGUCGAACACCGACUGUUUAAUUGUCAUCAACAAACAAGGAAAUACGGCAUUAAAACUGGAUUUCUCGGACUUUCAAGUAGCCGGUGACGGUGAUUAUGUAGAGGUAAAGGACGGAAAUGGUAAACAGUUAGGAUAUUUUACAACAAAUGAUAAUAUUCCAUUUCUAGUUUCAAAAGAAGGAUUCUACAUUCGUCUCAGAUCGAACGACAAUGACAACGCUAGAGGUUUUAAUGCUUCUUGGAGUCCUCUACGUAUAAUUGAUGCUGUACAUAUGGGAUGCGCUUCUAAGGGUUGGAAUGUAGCAGUGAAUAUGACCAUCCUGCGUGUACUAUAUCCGGACACUGGCGCAUCUCAGAUUAAACUGUCGGAACAAGAUUGUACAGGUCAGGUAAUGGGGGAUCUGGUUGUGUUCAAACAGAGCUACACAAAAUGUUCGACAACAUCAAAGACAACCGGAGAUACAUUGAUAUACGACAAUCAACUUGUGUAUCCGGAGUCCAGGACACCUUUCCCAAUUAUAGUUCACGGAUAUAGAUGGAGGGUUGACGUAGAAUGUGAUGUAUCCAGAGUGGAAGAAGUAUCUACAAACUUCCAUCCAAACCGAACAAUUAUAAAUGAAAACCAGCAUGUUAGUUCCUCGUCACAUUACAAAUCAGAAGUGAAGUUUUUCUCUGAUGGUACAUUCUACAAGCAGAUAUUCGGCAACCCGAUAUCACUGAAAACUGGCGAUAAUGUUUAUGUGUCUGUGACAAUGAAUUCUGAUGAUGUUCAAGUGAAAAUGAGACUCCACACAUGUUAUACGAAGCCUGAUCCUAAUGCAGAUGCGAGACUCACGUAUCCACUUAUACAAAAUGGGUGCGUGGUUGACCCAGACACACACAUUCUGUCACAAGGAACGCACGAGACCCGUUUCGUUUUCAGCGCCUUUGAGUUUCCACAAAGUCAUAACAGUGUGUAUAUAUUCUGUAACUCCACGUUCUGCAAGACAACGGACACGAGCGACAGAUGUACACAGGUUUGUCAUGGUUCACCUGCACUUGUCGGCCGUUCUCUUUGGACACUGGAUAGCUACGCAGACCGCCAGAAGAGAUUUAUGCUACCUUAAUUUCUGCAUUUCAUGUAACAAUAUCAUUGAAAAUAAACUUUAGAAGAUC